AUGGUGCAUAAGGCCCUCGUUCUCGCUCUUGGCUCUCUUGUUCUCUCUGUGUGCACACCGGGGGAGGAGGAAGAGGUGGCGUGGGGUGGGAAGAGACCAGAAUGGAAUAUCAAGAUAGAAGGCGAGAGAGAACAGGACGACGAGGAAUUCACGUACCUUCAGUACACGGGGUACACUCCAAGUACCGGCCGUCAUUGGACUCUGCGGGGAGGUACCUACAAGGGACUCGAGGCCGAGGGCGCUGUAUUUACCGUAAUUACCAUACCCCGCGACGGCAUGCCUGGAUUUGAAGGGUUCCAAAUUUUCCAAAUUUCCCCCUCUUCCAGCUUGUUCGAACAAGCGUGGACUCCUGAACAGCUGGCACUGAGAGGAUCCAUCGAAGUCAGCGAUGUUAGCGAUCACCGGGGCGUUACAGGGAUCCGGCCCGGGGUCAAUUUCGAGUGCUCGGUUGCGACUACUACUCACGAACUCUCGAGACUCCCUGGCCUUGCUACAACCUGGAUUUCCGAGGAGCUACGAGACGAGGGAACUUAUCGACUCCAGUAUCCACCGGGAUCGGGGACGGAGCUGCCAGUGUGUCGCGUACGGUCAUUUUACGCCCGGAAAGCCCGGUGGAACGCCGAGGAUCAGCUGUCUGGGUCGAGAUUUUCACACAGUCUUUUUUCCGCUGCCAUCUAUUCCUGGAUCAAAGCGAACACAGUGGCAUCCAGAGUGAAUCUGGCUCACCAUCAACGUGCGGCGUUGGGGGGGGCGAGGGGGCAGGUGGUCACGAUAGGCGCUAUCAGCGGCCCCUCCGAAGCUCUCCCCAGCUCCCAGCUUUCCAGCUCUCAAGCUCUUCCAGAAGCUCCCGAAGGAGAGGAGCUCCGGGUGGCAAACUCCUUAGCGCCACGUUACGCCCGUAUUACCACCGGAGACAACGGAGGCGGGAUCAGGCCGCGUACCGUUGCCUUCCUGGUCGACCGACCUGAAGAAAAUCUCCCCAUACAAAAGGAGUUGUCAAAGAGAUCUGCGACCGAGCAUACAAAGAGAAUCAAGAGCGCCCGCCGACUCUCAAUACCUGUAGGGAAUGGCGAAGAAGUCCCAGCUCUUUCCCCCCGCGGGGGCACCGUUCGCCGUUCGCAGACUGAGGCUUAG